AUGGAUCCCUCACGGGACGACUUGUCCAGCCCGCCGACCUCGGUCCCCACGGUCCCCGAGAUCACUCAGGUCCAAGAGUCCAACAAUACACCCCUGACUCCUCCAGAGACCUCAUUAUCCCCCAUUCCAUCCUCAGAGAGUCCCAUUCCCUCCGUCGAGCAGCCAGAUAUGCCCUCUGAGUCACAACCUCAAGCGCCCACUCCACCCCCCACCGAACCCGUCGUACCAGCCGAGGAGGUGGAGCAUGCCUAUUGGGCCGAGUUCGAGGAAGACACCUCGAUCCCCAAUGCGGAGGAAAUGAAGGAUAUCAACAGUUCGGAUCAAGACUAUAGUGCCUGUGACCAUACAUACUGGGAAAGCAACUUCUUCCGGGAUUUGGAUGACCCCGAAUACGUGCCCAUGGAAAAGGCGCGGCUGACAUGGAAGUUCAAGGGUGUCCGAGGUACACCCGAUGCUCCCAAUCGGGCCAAGGUCAUGCGGUCUCCAGCAGCCUUCGUGGGUGGUUACUGGUGGCGAAUCAAGUUCUACCCUCGUGGAAACAAUGUUGGUUCAUUGAGUAUCUAUGUGGAAUGCUCGCGAACCAUGCCCGCCUCCGACGAGACGCUUCCCGAGACCGAGUUUACCGUUCGUCGAGGUCCAUCGGAUGCGAAACUCGACGAGGCCGCGCCCGACUUGGAUGUGAAGACUCCAGCGACCGAGAAUACGACAGCCUGGCUAGAAGACUACAGGGCAAAGUAUGCGAAUGUGCCUGCUUCCAACACGUCUGAGGAAGGUGAGGAAACGUCAUCCAGCCCCUGGCGUGUGGCUGCACAGAUCGGUGUAAUCGUAUACAACCCCGAGGAGCCUCGGACGGGAUGGAUGCAAUCCUCCUGCCAUCAGUUCAACUCCCACAACCUGGACUGGGGUUGGACCUACUUCCACGGGCCGUGGGAUCAGAUUCACACCCGUCGGCGUGGCCAGCAUCGGGCUUUGUUGAACAACGACAUGCUUGCUUUCGAUGCGUAUAUCCGCGUGAUCGACGACCCAACACGGUCCCUAUGGUGGCACCCCAGUGACUCCGAGCCCACGUGGGAUAGUCUAGCCCUGACUGGCUACCGUCCUCUGGGCGAUUCGGUCAUCAACCACAGCGCCGAGGUGGCCGGCCUGGCUUCGUGGCUGCACAUACCUCCGUUCUGCAAGAUCAUUCAGAGUGUCGACGUGCUCGAACAUCUCACAAACUGUGAUGUCAAGCCCAAGCCUCUGUGCGAUGCUUUGCAGAAGCUGUUGUGGCAGCUGCGGCGUCGGACGCAGUCUCCCCAGUAUGUGGACACCGACGCCAUCACCUCGACUCUGCGCAAUCUGCGUGAGUUCUCGAGCGAUGUCUCUGAGUUUUGGGAACGCCUACGCCGCACCCUGGAGCUCGAGCUUGCUGGUACCGAGGCGGGUCAAGAAUUUGCCAAGCUGUUUGACAGCCCAGCACCAGUUUCAGUUCCGGGGAUGGACGAGACCCCUGUAGUGAAUACCCUGCCGGCACAGUACAACUCCCGCAUCUGUGUUCGAGCCGACUCAGCACAGUCCACGGGCCAAGCUGUCAGAGAAUACCUCCAGGCCAAGUCUGGUCGGUGGUCUCUCCCUCCUGUGCUUCACAUUGAACUUGGCCGCCAUACUCUGGACAAGUCGAUGCGUUGGCAGUUGGCGUUCAACAAGGUCGAACUGGACGAGGAGUUGGAUCUGACGCCUUUCGUGGUCGAUGGCCAAGGCACCAAGUACGUUCUCUACGGCUAUGUGGUUCACCGUGGUCGCCGGACGUCCGGCAAGUUCUUCAGCAUUCUUCGUCCAGCUGGUCCUGGAACCAAGUGGCUUGCAUUCGACGAUGGUAGCGACAACCGUGUGGAGUGCCUGACUCAGAAGACCGCGAUGGGCCCUCAUCUCGGACUCAAGCCAUCCGAGUCUGUGGACCAUAAGAAGGGCCAUGAUGUCCCGGUCAAUGUCAUGUAUAUCCGCAGCGACAUGGUUUCGGAGUUCCUCCCCGGUCCGCAGGGGCCUUGGGAUGUCCCCGAGCCAGUCAAGCAGUACUACGAGACCGGGAUUUACCAAACAGCGGGCGACGCCGCGAAGACUGACGUUCAGGUUGAGGUUUAUUCGAUGUCCGAGUAUGAAACCUUGAACAGCCUGUUCGACAGCUAUGACCUAAUGAUGCACGCCAAAGCAUCUGACAACGUCAUGUAUAUGACUCUGCCUCGUUCGUCUCGUCUGGCCGAACUACGGAAGAAGAUUUCCAUGUGGAAGUCUGCUGGUGGAGAGACAGUUGGCCCGGAGCGUGUCCGUCUUUGGCAUAUUGGAGCCCAAUGCGGCUCCACGCUGGCAUUCGAUCUGAUCACCGAUCUCAACGUUCCGCUGGAUUCGUCGGGUGGUACCAUGCGGUUCUGGAUGGAGACCAUCUCAGAGGAUGAUGCCAAGUUCUUCGCCAUCCCUGACCCCCAAUCUGCGACGGCCACUGAGGACAAGGUGGAAGAGUCGAUUAUUGAGCGGUCAGGUUUAGACACCCCGGAGCUGCUACCCUCCCCCGCUGAUGGAGAUGCUGUCGCCAGCUCUUCCGGAUAUAUUGGUCCCAUUGUCUCCAUGGCUGGCAUCGAACUGUCCAGUGCCAGCAACGAAAGCAGCUCUGAGUUGCCAGUUGCCACUGCGGCUCCGGAGACCGAUGUCGUUACUGCAGUCAAUGCUGCUCCCGUAGCCGAGACCAGCUCGGCAGAUCAGCGAACGUCAAUCCCUUCAGACUUGUCUGGAUCCAGCUCACAGGGUUCAGUCGAGGCCCCUGUGGAGCCAGCAGUUGCUCUCCCCGUUGGCCACGUCUACUAUUUCAUUCAAGUCUUUGACGCAGACAACCAGGUCCUUCGUACGGUGGGCUCCUUCUUCUCGAAGUUGGAGGCCAAUGUCAAGGCCUCGAUUCGAAAGCAUAUGAAGUGGACUGUCCGUCGAGAUUUCCUCAUGUGGAAGCGAGUGGACGGCACCACCGUUAGCACUGUGUCCCCCGCGGAGAGCUUUAUGGAUGUUGUGGUCCCGCACGGAUCCUGUAUCAUCGUGGGAGACAAGCUCAGCAAGGACAAGCGCGCCCAGCUUGGCCUUGCUGGUCUGUUCUCCAGCCCUGAUCGCCUCAUCCAAUACUUGUGGGCUGAGUCCCGGCGGCAUCCUAUCCAAGGAUUCACCGGUACCCAGACCGUUGAAGCCACUUUCACUAGUGAUUACUACAGUGGUGAUUUCCUCAAGGGGUACUAUCACGGACGAGGCAAGCACUUCUCCGGCACUGGCACCGUCUACGAAGGAGACUUUAUCUUCGGCCGCCGCCACGGCCAAGGCAAGAUGGAAUAUCCUACCGGGGACAGCUACGAUGGUGACUGGAUCGAGGACGUCCGCCACGGCCAGGGUACUUACAUCGAAAAGAAGACGGGCAACAAGUACGUUGGCGGCUACAAGGAUGGCAAGCGCCACGGCAAGGGCAUCAGCUACUGGGAAGUAGCCGAUGAGGAGGCGGACCUUUGCCAGAUCUGCUAUUCAGAGGAGCAGAACGCUGUUUUCUGCGACUGCGGACACGUUUGCUCCUGCGUGACUUGUGCCAAGCAGGUGGAUCUUUGCCCGAUCUGCCGUAAGAGCAUCAAGAGCGUGAUUAAGAUUUAUCGGACAUAG